AUGGAGAAAUACGAGAAACUAGCCAAAAUUGGUGAAGGCUCUUACGGGGUGGUUUUUAAGUGCAGAAACAGAGACACAGACCAAAUUGUCGCCAUCAAAAAGUUUGUGGAAUCAGAAGACGAUCCCAUGAUCAAGAAGAUUGCGCUGAGGGAAAUUCGCAUGCUGAAGCAGUUGAAGCACGUUAAUCUGGUCAAUUUACUGGAGGUGUUCCGCAAGAAACGGCGCCUCCAUCUGGUCUUUGAGUUCUGCGAGCAGACGGUCCUCAACGAGCUGGAAAAACACCCUCGAGGGGUUCCCGAGGCUCAGCUGAAGAGCAUCGCGUGGCAGACGCUACAGGCGGUCAACUUUUGCCACAAGCACAAUUGCAUCCACCGUGACGUUAAGCCUGAGAACAUCCUCCUCACCAAGACCGGCAUUAUCAAGUUGUGCGACUUUGGGUUCGCUCGCAUUCUCACGGGACCAGAAGACGACUACACGGACUACGUGGCGACCCGCUGGUACCGUGCUCCAGAACUGCUGGUCGGGGACACUCAGUACGGCCCCCCGGUGGACGUAUGGGCGCUGGGAUGCGUUUUUGCUGAGCUGCUCUGCGGGAGUCCGCUCUGGCCGGGGAAGUCCGACGUGGACCAGCUCUACCUCAUCCGCAAAACUCUCGGGGACCUCAUCCCUCGGCACCAGCAGGUGUUCCGCUCUAAUGUUUUUUUCAGUGGAGUUAGUAUUCCGGAACCUGACACCACGGAAACUCUGGAAAAGCGAUUUUCUGGAGCAUCGUCACAGGCUCUCCAGGUCAUGAAGUCGUGCCUAGUGAUGGAUCCGUCACUCAGGCUGUCGUGCGAGGAGCUUCUGGCGCUGCCCUACAUCCACGGGGAUGCUAGCACCGCUUGGGCUCGCGAGGGGGAACAACGUCUCGCUAGACGCCAUGACAGAGGGUUCCGUCGCAGACAGACUGGGGCUCAGUACCUGCCACAGUUAGCAAACAGCAACAUGUCACCGGCACCUGAUGUCAAGAAGCCGGUGAAAAUCAAGUAUCACCUGCCUAAUAUUUAG